AUGGCGCUUAGCAGAUUCAUUAGAGAUUCCUUUUGGGGAAGGUUGGCCUAUCAUCUCUCUGGGCAUAAGAUAUUUGCGCACAAGGAAGAUAAACCUGGUUAUGUUGUCCCAGAAAAGUAUCUUGUCGGAUUUGGAGCCCAAUCAAACGAAGGAAAGGGAUCUCCAUCAGAGUCAAGCAUUGCAAUUGCUGGUGAAACUGACACCCCGGUUGAUUCAACUGAGUCUCCUCAAAUCAAGUCACAGGAUAUUAUUGUUGAAUGGGAUGCCCCAGAUGAUCCGGAUAAUCCACAAAAUUGGCCAGUGUACCAAAAGGUGUUCUUUGCAGUCGAAAUAGGAUUCUUGACCGUCUCGGUUUAUAUGGGAUCUGCUAUUUAUACCCCAGGAAUUGAAGAGAUAAGGGCCGACUUUGAUAUUAGUAGAAUUGAAGCAACUUUACCGUUAUCUCUUUUCGUCAUCGGUUAUGGUGUUGGUCCAAUGGUAUUUUCUCCAAUGUCUGAAAAUGUCAUCUUUGGAAGAACUUCAAUCUAUAUUGUCACCUUAUUUAUAUUUUUCAUCUUGCAAAUCCCUACUGCUUUAUCUAAAAACAUUGCAUCUUUAUGUGUUUUGAGAAUUAUCACCGGAUUUUUUGCUUCGCCAGCAUUGGCUACUGGAGGCGCUUCAAUUGCCGAUGUUUUUAGUAUGCCAUACAUGCCAGUAGGUAUUGCAAUGUGGUCUAUUGCAGCUGUUUGUGGUCCAUCUUUGGGUCCCUUGAUUGGCUCAGUCUUUGCACAAUUAAUUGGAUGGAGAUGGACGUUCUGGUUCAUGCUUAUUAUUUCAGGUAUUGCAUUCUUAGUCUUAGGAUUCUUUUUACCUGAAACCCAUCAAGAUACAUUGCUUCACAGAAAGGCAAAAAGAUUAAGAGCACUCACCGGUAACCCAAAUAUUACUAGUAACGGAGAAAUUGCUAACAGGAAAUUAACGAAAAAGGAACUCGCUAUCGAUAUUCUUUGGAGACCCUUUGAAAUCACUAUCUUCGAACCUGUAGUCCUAUUGAUUAAUGUUUACAUUGCUUUAAUCUAUUCCAUCUUGUACUUAUGGUUCGAAGCAUUCCCCAUUGUGUUUCUUGGUACAUACCACUUCAACUUGAUUGAGUUGGGUGUUUCGUAUGUAGGUGUCAUGAUUGGUAUUUUAAUUGGAGCAUGCUUUUACAUUCCGAUUAUUUAUAGACAAUUUACCAAGAAGUUGCUCAAUGGAGAAGGUGUUGCUCCUGAAGUCUUCAUUCCUAUUGCUAUUGUCGGUGCUUGUUUAAUGCCGAUUGGUAUUUUUAUUUUCGGAUGGUCUGCCACACCUAGCCAACAUUGGAUUGGACCUAUUAUCGGUACUGGAAUAUUUGCAAUGGGGGCAUUUAUCAUAUUCCAAACUUUGUUCAAUUAUUUGGGUAUGUCAUUCUAUAGAUAUUUGGCAUCAGUGUACGCAAGUAAUGAUUUAUUCAGAUCGCUUUGCGCAGGUGCCCUACCAUUGGUUGGGGAUCCAUUAUUCGAGAACCUUGGAUCAGAAAAGUUCCCUGUUGGAUGGGGUUCAUCUAUUUUAGGAUUCAUCUGUGUACUUAUGAUUGCCAUUCCAGUUCUUUUUUACUUGAAUGGGGUUAAAUUACGUGCUAGAUCUAAAUAUGCAGGGGAGGGUUAG